AUGGCGCCUCAUUCGGCGCUGCGCCAAGCAGCCAAGGCAUGGCGCAGCCCACAAAUGGCGCAGCAGGGCAUGGCGCAGCAGGGCAUGGCGCAGCAGGGCUUGGCGCAGCAGGGCAUGGUGCAGCAAGGCAUGAUGGAGCACGCAGAGGGACAGCGGACGGUUCAGCAGCGCGUGUGGCAGCAGCAGCUGGGCAUGCAUUGGCAGGGAGUCUCUAUGACGGAGCCAGCGUUAGCUACAUCUUAUAAUCGCUCACUUCCCUCAAUAUUUGGUCUCGCGAGCUUGACGGAGCUGCCUGAGUCGCUUGGGCAGCUGAAGAAGCUUCGGGUUCUUAGAAUUGCGUAUUGCUGGAGCCUAACCAGGCUUUCCGAAUCCUUCCCCGAUCUCUGUAGUCUGGAGAAGUGUGAUUUGGGGAAUCUCAGAAUCUCGUGCCUUCCAGAUGACUUCUGGAAGCUCUCUGCUUUGAAGGAACUCUGGCUCUUUUCACUGCCCAAACUCCGCAGGCUGCCCGAAUCUUUUGCCCAGCUGCCCGCGUUGGAGAAGUUGGAUUUGAUGAACUGCAAGCGGCUGACUCAAUUACCUUCGGGCCUUGGGCAGAUGCGGAAGCUGCAGGAAUGCGUUGUCAUUAGCUACCACCGGGGCGAGGAAAGGGUAAGGUACGUGAUUCACAGAGACCAGGGAGAGCACGUGGUGCAUGACUCGCAGGUCGGGGAAGAGGAGGAAGAGGAUGACUCGGAGGGAGAAGAUGACUCGCAGGGAGAAGAUGACUCGGAGGGAGAAGAUGACUCGGAGGGAGAAGAUGACUCGCAGGGAGAAGAUGACUCGGAGGGAGAAGAUGACUCGGAGGGAGAAGAUGACUCGCAGGGAGAAGAUGACUCGGAGGGCGGGGAGGGGGAGGAGGAGAGCAAGGAUGAGGAGGAGGGGGAGGAUGAGGAGGAGGGGGAGGAUGAGGAGGAGGGGGAGGAAGAAGGGGAAGUCGGGACAGCGGAGGAGGAUGAGGGGCAUGAAGGCGAAAGGGAGGGAAGAGAGGGGAACGAAAGGGAGGGGAUUGAAGGGGAGGGGAGGGAAGGGGACGGGAAUGAAGGGGAUGGGAAAAAAAGGGAGGGGAGAGAAGGGGAGGGGAGCAAAGGGGAGGGGAACGAAGAGGAGGGGAUAGAAGGGGAAGGGAACAAAUUAGAGGGGACCUAA